AUGAAUCUUUCCGACCCCCAGACUCGGGCUUCCCAAAGGAAUGGACCAAUUGAAUCUGGCCCAUUGGCCAAGCGCAGCAAGGCAUGCGUGUCUUGCCGAGCACGCAAGGUCAAAUGCGAUGCUGAUGCGGUUGGCCUGCCUUGCAGUAGCUGCACAAGCAGACAAUGUCCCGAAACCUGCGUCUUGUCCCUGCGCAAGCCACGUAGGAGGAAAUUGGAUCUCACUACGGCGAGAGAAAAGUCCGGAAGAUCAAGUGUUAGUUUGACGCCACCAGCAUGCCGACCGGAACAUGUAUCGGAAUGUGAACCAAUUCCUCAACCUCGCGCAAUCGAACCAACAUCUGCUACCAGUGUUGUCAGCUCCUAUCAGAGUCGCGGCCGCUCAAGCGACUCUCGUCCACGGCGUACACGGCGACCACCAUCCGAUUUACCUUAUCUCAACAUGAUACAAGACGCCGUAAACAGUGCUGCCUCUGGGGAACAACUCGGCAUGAAUGGAAGAAGUCCCUCCGUUUCAAGAGAAGAAGAGCAUAGCAGCCUUGAUACUUGGUUUGGAAACAAGCCCCCAGGAUUGGAUGACAUUGAUUACGACUACCUUGUCAAGAAAGGAGUGUUCGAAUUACCUGCUCAACCUCAUCUGGAUACGCUUAUUCGGACUUACUUCGAGUAUCUUUGGCCAUCCGCGCCUGUAAUCUGCAGGAUUGAUUUCAUUCAACGCUAUAGAGCAGGUAACUGUUCUCUGUUUUUACUAUAUGCUAUUUUAGCAACCACAGUGCCAUUCGCGCCUGAGGAUUCAAUAUCUGGAUUGGGCUUUCAGGAUCGAUCAGUUGCGCAGAAGAGUUUCUUCUCGAAAUCGAAGCUGCUAUAUGACUUUCAUUGCGAGCGAGAUCUUCUCGCCAUGUUGCAAGGCUCAUUAAUUCUUAACAUCAUCAUUCUUGACUAUCCAACCGACAAGGAUUUUCAGCACUGGUUCUACAACUCCAUCCGUCUGUUCGUCAAACUCGAUAUACCUGAAAUGUAUGUUAUUCUUCAAUAUUCUACUGAUAGAGAGUCACUGCUGAGAUCGAAAUAUAGUUGCGCCAGACAGGACGAUUCUUGCAAGGCACAAAAGCUGUAUAGGAGGAUCUGGUGGGUUCUUUAUAGCCGAGAUGUAUUUCAUUCCUUUGUAAAUACACGAAACCUGCGACUUCUCGAAGUGUUGCCGUAUAUUAAGCCAAUCACUUUUGGUGAUUGGGACGACGAGGACACGUCAGAAAGCCAUGAUUUAUUAGAGCCGAUAUCAGACGGACAGAAGACUUCACUAGUUGCUCAUUGCGAACUAGCCCAAAUGUUUUCGGGGCAUCCGCUGAACACCACCAGCGACGUAGCUGGGCAAGACCCCCUCACAUUUAUGCUUCCGCUCGAGGAAUGGCGGGUGUCUCUUGCGGAAAGAAUGGGCAUCCGAAACCAGUCGUACGGCAGAGAGGCAUAUUAUCCUGAAAUAAUGGCGAGAAGUUAUCUGUUCGAGUGCAUCUUGUGUCGGCACCUCCUACGACGCCAGGAGGUCAAGUGGGGUGAUUGGGCAAAGCAGAGGCUUCGGUCCGCCAUUUUCGAGCUCGAUGCCAUUGUUGGCAGAGUUUUGGCAAAUGGAACGAUAAAGAAAUUCCCAAUGGGCUUUAGUGUCGCAACUGUGCCAGCGCUACUCGCCUUGCACAUCGAAACGGCGUUGGAUCUCUCAGAAACUGAACUUGCACGAUCUAUGGCUCGAGUGUCCAUCAACCAAACAAUGCUCGCUCUAGGGCAGAUGCAGCACGUUCCAGCGAUAAAGCGAGGCUUGCCCGCCUUUGAGUCGGUUCUGGCCAAGAAGGAUCUGUAUCAGGUAACAGGCCGCAGCCAUGCAGAAAAAGCUUCCCCGAGGAUACCUGCAGCAGGGCAGCAUGCCCCAUAUGAUGGCGCUCAUCUAUCGUCCGUGCUGCAGCCUGGUAUCUCUUCAGCUGACUCUGGCCUGACAGACUACCCUAGCUUCCCUGAGGAUUUUCUUGGAUACGAUUUCCUAGAUAGAUGGCAGCUGGAGCAAUGGGAGUUCAUAAAUAUUUAA